AAUUUACCAGGGGGGGAGGGCGCGACCUAAGCGGCGGAAGCCCUCACUCCGUUAGAGAAGAAGAUGGCGGCCCUGCGAGCGGUGGUGUCGACCGGUACCGGGAGGACUCUCCUGGCCGCGCCGAAAGCAGUCCAUUCUUCCCGGGCCAGCAUGUCGUUUUCCAGUCUGUCUCGGGGAAAGAAGGUGGCCCUGUCCACCCUGGGGGUAUUGGCAGCAGGGGGCGCUGGUCUGGCCCUGGCACUGCAGCAGUCCGUGAAAGCCUCGGACCUGGAGCUGCACCCGCCCUCGUACCCGUGGAGCCACGCGGGCAUCCUGUCGUCCCUGGACCACGCCAGCAUUCGCCGAGGGUACCAGGUGUACAAGCAGGUGUGCUCGGCCUGUCACAGCAUGGAGUACCUGGCCUUCCGCAACCUGGUGGGCGUGUCGCACACAGAGGCCGAGGUCAAAACCCUGGCCGAAGAGAUCGAAGUGGUGGAUGGUCCGGAUGACACCGGAGAGAUGUUCACCCGCCCGGGGAAGCUGUCGGAUUACUUCCCCAAACCGUACCCCAACGGCGAGGCCGCCCGCGCGGCCAACAACGGGGCCCUGCCGCCGGACCUCAGCUACAUCGUCAACGCCAGGCACGGGGGGGAGGACUACGUCUUCUCCUUGUUGACGGGGUACUGCGACCCCCCCGCAGGAGUUCAGGUCAGGGAGGGGCUCUAUUACAACCCUUACUUCCCGGGCCAGGCCAUCGGCAUGGGCCCCCCCAUCUACAACGAGGUUCUGGAGUACGACGAUGGGACUCCGGCCACCAUGAGCCAGGUGGCCAAGGAUGUGUGCACCUUCCUACGCUGGGCGGCCGAGCCGGAGCACGACCAGCGCAAGCGCAUGGGCCUGAAGCUGAUCCUGGGUGCUGCCAUCCUGACCCCGCUGGUCUACUACAUGAAGAGGCACCGGUGGUCCGUGCUGAAGAGCCGCAAGAUCGCCUACAGACCGCCCAAAUAGAGCAGCCACGCUCGCCCACGCCUUUCAGCUCCUGGAGUGUAUUUUAUUGGUCUUUGUGCACAUUGAAUGAGUAGCGGUUUUGAGCGUCAGGGUGUCUCUCCAGACCACGUUCUUCUCUGCUGGGGGGGGGGGGGGGGAGGAAGCAUUACUGGCAACGGCGUACUUGUUUCACUGUAAAGCAAAUGAAUCAUCAAAAGACAACCAUUUGACAUUGUCAGUAGGCGGCAUCUGUUCUGUUGAGGGCAACUCGAGUCAAUGCAAUCUUCCUGAGUCCGUGAACUGUCCUUUCUUGAGUUCACUUGUGUAAAUAUUUAAUAUACAGUGGUAUACCUAAUAAAGACAUAAUUUAACCCA